AGUCAGUGUUCUGCACUGCAGCUUGAAGCAAGCUCCUGUGACCCAACAUUGGAAUUUCUGAAGGGGGUGAUUUGUCCUGAGUUCUUUCAUGCUUACUUGAGCCCCAUUUUAAAAAGCCAGGGAAAAGCCUACUCCUGAGGCAAACCGUGCCAGAUCUUACACUGAGAUUAUGUUGGGAAAGGACUGUUGCUGUGUGACUUAAGUCUGGACUAAUUGUGAUUUGAUUGUUUGGUUGCUUCUUACUGCUGUAUUUCAGCUAUGCUGAGAGACUACAAAGGUGCAGUGAAACAUUCGUUGAAAUAAAACCUUCAUUCAGAACAUGAGAACGUAUUGGGACUAUGUUUGCAACUACAGGUUUUGCUAUUUGUUACAGGUACUUUAAUUGCAGCUUAAGAAACUUAUGAUACGAGCAUUCUUACUUUCUUGCAGAUUGUCUGCAUUUCUAGGCUGAGAGGUAAGGGACCCCUUUGAUUGACUCUCUCUCAUAUUUAUUUAUGUUGUAGUGAAGUGUAGCCAAAGGGGUCUCUCCUUGUCAUCUCCACAUUUUCUGCUCUUGAAAGCUGAUGUCUUUUUCACGUUAAAGGAGAAGGAGUAAUGUGCGGAUGUUCCUACAAGUAUUGAGAUGUUAUUCUUCGCAAUGUCCUUCCCCUUCUAAAUUUUUAUCUGAGGGAGAUGAAUGAGAAGCCUGAAGCAAAUAGGCUAGUGUCUGUUCAGGGCCGGAAGAGGAAGAGGCUGAGAAAUCUUUAGGGGAUGGCUAAAGCCACGGAUCCGUGUGAGGGAAAGAGUAAUAUGGGCCUAAAAAGAUCAUAGACAAAGUAACUAUGUUGUAUGCAAAUCUUAUGAUAUGCAAAUAUAUCAAUGGGUAGCACGAGCAGAUGGAAACUUUGAACUGUAAAGGACCGGGGUCACAUUUUGCAAAUGGAGCUAUUGGUGCAGGGAAAUGUUGGAGAAUGGACUGUUUACAGGUAAGCACCAAAUCAUCGUGCCUUUGUGCUGUUUUAGGACUAGAAGUUGUGUUAGCUACAUCAGAACACUGCAGAAAUCCCUCAAUGGCCACCUAACAUUCACCUGAUGCUACAUCUAAGUCAAUAAGCCUUGCUAAAGUGGCUUUGGACUUGAGCUGUUUUUCUUUGUGAUAUUGCUCAGUACUGCAGAUCUGUACCAGGUUGUUCAGCGCUAGUGAAAUUCCAGCUUGCAGACUGCUUCAAUGCUCGUGUAUUUUGCACUUGAAGACAUGAGAGCUAGUGACUGUUAGCCACAUCGCCAGCAUAGCCCCAAGGAAAAAGGAUUAUGAUUGCCCUGCCUUUGACUUCAAAUUUUUGAAAAUGAAAGAAUAAAAGUGCAGCGGAAGUUAACACAAAGUAGUACAGUGAUGUUCCUCAACAUCAAAGAAAAAUACCAUCUGUUUGAGCCACAUUUCAAGGGAUAUUUUUACAAGCACCUCGGGGUAUUCCCAGAAAACAGCAGGGAGCAAUUAUUUCUGUUAGAUUUUAAUGUUUUGCUCAUCUAUCUGACAGUGUAAGCCGCUGUGUAGAUUGUAGCAUUCAGAUAACUUCAUUUAUUACAAGCUAUUUUCCAUAAAACAGUUGAUUUAAAAAAAAAAAAAAGGUGGGGGGGGGUAGUUUUGCAUGUUAGAUUUUUCCUUUGUGAAAUAAUUAAAAGCACACAGUUUUUCUAACUCUUCACCCAUGCUGCCCUAUUAGUAGGAUUUUUGUCAUGGACAGGUUUGAUCUUGCAGCCUAAGCAUGACAGGCCAAAUAAUUAGGAAAAUGCAACAAAUGACUUCAUACAGAUACUGUGAUAUGUUAGGGAGGGCAUUACGAUAAGCAUGUGAAUCCCUGUUUUGCAAGCUGUGCUUAUAGCUUGCACAGUGAUUUAAAAUGCCCAUUCAGUGGGGUUAGGUUCCUGUCUUUGUGAAGCUGUAAGGGUUCUCCGGGGAGCAAUCAGCUUUGAAUGACCCAUCUGGGACCAAUGUGAUGACUGACACUGAUGAAGACUUAUGUUACAUGAAGCUGGAGCCAGCUCUUCCAAGGUACUCUAGAUGAUGGAUGCCCACAGAAAACAACCAUUGAAUUAAUGCAACUAUAAGUUAAAAUUUGUAAAUUAAAUAUGAAAAACCACCCCUCAUUUUUUCUCAUUACAUGCAGUGGUUUUGUGUCCUUUGAGAAGUCUGCUCUCUGCUGAGAGACCAAUUAUACUUGGUUUGAUGCCAGUAUUGGAAGGAAGGUGUUUUAGAAGAUUACUCUUAUUCGGGAGAAAAUUUUAACACUUGGGGGGCUGAAAUGCUUCUACUGGGUUUUUAUUUUAUUGGCUAUCUAGCACAAGAGGGUUCAACACACUGUGCUGCAAAGUAUCAAGAAAUGUUUGAAGAGAUAUUCCACACGGCAGGGGGACUUCACCUACUAAGAAGUGAGCAAUACUCAGUCUACACCCACUAGCUUUAUCUUUUCUUUCUGUUUUGUCUUGCUUUUUGUUUUUAUCUUUGGUGGCAGAUAUUACUGUGACCCACAGAAAUAAUUUCCAGCUUGGAUACUGUAGGGUGUAAAACUGGCUGGGCCAUGUGUAUCCCUAGCCAAAAACCUGCCACAGAAGACCGUGAAGUUACAUCAGAGGCAACAGUGACCUGCAAGACUUUGUUUUUGUAACCAUGCCAUCCUCACCAGGGUUACUGACUCCCAGAGGGCUCUCAUGCAAGUGGGGAUUUCUCCUUCCCUCACAGAGCUUCCCUUUUCUGUGCUUUGUAUGAGUGCUCUGGUGUUUCAAGGUAUGCUGCUGUCUUUGUGAGGGGAUCAGAACUUCCCUAGAAUGAGAUGGAUCCCAAGAGAGAGACACCCAAGAAAAACAACACAGAGCAUCUAAUUGCUGAUAGGCGGGAAGGAAUUGGUGUCUGUGGCUGGAUCCUGGUUUCAAUUUCUUUCCUGUUGGUGGUUAUUACCUUUCCUUUUUCCAUCUGGGCAUGUAUCAAGGUUGUCAGAGAAUAUGAACGUGCUGUUGUAUUUCGGCUGGGACGUAUACUGCCUAAGAAAUCAAAGGGACCAGGUUUGAUCCUCAUACUUCCAUGUACAGAUACGUUUAUCAGGGUUGAUCUUCGAACUGUUACUUGUACCAUUCCUCCACAAGAGAUUCUGACAAAAGAUGCUGUUACCACCCAAGUGGAUGGGGUGGUGUACUACAGGAUCCACAGUGCGGUCAGCGCCGUUGCCAAUGUCACCGAUGUCCAUGCAGCCACCUUUCUCCUGGCACAGACGACCCUCAGAAAUGUGCUGGGUACAAAGAGCUUGGCUCAGCUCCUGGCUGGUCGAGAAGAGAUUGCUCAUGGUAUCCAGGAUAUCCUCGACAGUGCCACGGAGCAGUGGGGAAUCAAAGUGGCUCGUGUGGAGAUCAAAGACAUCAGGAUUCCCGUGGCCAUGCAGAGGACGAUGGCAGCUGAAGCAGAAGCUGCACAAGAGGCAAGAGCUAAGGUGAGAUCCAUAGAUGUCUACUCACAGGCUACAACGUCCCACACCUUUGUCCUGGGCGUCCAAGUGCAUCUUUUUCUCCUCAUUGUAAAAGUGGCUUUUCCCCACUACUGUCAGUGUUGCAAUGCCAUUUCCAUUUCUCUUAUGUUGCAGGUUGUGGCAGCAGAGGGAGAGAGGAAUGCUUCUAAAGCCCUCAAGCAGGCCUCCAUGGUGCUGGCCGACUCCACAGCAGGUCUUCAGCUGCGCUACCUGCAAACUUUAACAACUUUGGCAGCAGAGAACAAUUCCACCAUCGUCUUCCCUCUCCCUGUUAAUAUGUUUGAAAAUUUGGGACAGAAAAAUAGAGGGGGAUAGAGACUGUUCUUUGCUAGCUGCUUGGGCUGAGAGAUUUAAAGGGUUUCUCAGCAAGCAAAGGGUUCCAGAUUACCAAAGCUAGAGUAGAAAUAGUUUAAUAACCACACAUAGUUCCCACACUAGGAGACUGCCUUUGAGCACUGAAGGUUGCAAAAUUUAGGCACCAAGCAGUUUCAUCUUAGAUUCAUCUCCAGGUGAAAUGGAAGAAAAUAUGUAAAAUUCGUGUGAGACCUAAUAAGAAAUUUUAAUGAUGCUUUCACCACGUAUUGCAAGUGCUUGGGCAUAGCAAUUAGUUGGUGAUCUGUCUGCUAAUUAAGAACCUAUGGGCUCCUGAUGAGGUUACAAACCUGCUCCACACAGCAGAAGGGUCAGAUACUGGUGUAUAACUCAAGUCCUGUGGAGUGGAAAGAAGGAUUUGGUCCCAACCUUAGUAUUCUUAGUAUUCUUUCAUAACUGUCAACAGAAUUACUGGAUCAUUGGUAUAUCAGUGGAACAGCCUAUUCUUUAUCUUCUGUGACUAAAAAUUAGCAGUUGCUUUACUGACCUAAACGGGAUUUUGCUGUAUCACUGACAUUUGUCUAAGCUUUGUAAUGGGAAGAGAAUAUAUGUCCACAUAUUGCAGUCACAUUUCCUAAAUUUGAAGGCUGAUGCAAACCUCAGGGAAAACAAAUUAUCCUAUGUUAAUGUAAGUGUCUCUCUUUCACCCAUAAGAGGUUUCUUAUUCUGCCUUGCAGAUAUCAUAAAGUGGUAGCACAGAUUUUCAUAAAAUGAGCCUUCCCCACCCUCCACCCAUGCAAUUCCUUGCAGCUGAGUGGGGACAUGGCUGAUAUCUGAGUUCAGCUAUACUAGCUGAGUUUACAGCCUCCAAAAGCAGCUGGGCUGUGAUUCUGUGGGCUGUUCACAUUGCUGCCACCCAGUGAUGGGCUGUCUGCACGUGAAUCUGAAGUCUCUUGUGGUAUAGCUACUUUGGUAGAUGCUGCUGUGUAGUGUCUCUUCCACACAAGGCUCACUGCUGCCCCUCUAUAUGGUAAGGUCAUUUGACUCCAAAUUCAUGAGAACAGCAUGGAUUUUCUAAUUCUGUUGUUGAUACAGGCCCAUCUCAUUUUGGCUGCAAGGCAGCACAAGCAGUCCAGAUGACAAGUUUUUGCACUCAGUAACUGCUGGCACAAAGGCAGUGGUGUGAGCAUCUGAGGAUGGUGACCUGCUCAGCAAACACAGCUUUUCAUUGCAGCUCUCUUCCCUGCUUCAGACACGACUGCCAAAUGGCAUUUUUGUUGGCAAAGAUGUAAAACCUGCAUUCACAAAUCAUUCUUCCUAACAUUUGGCAGAGAGGCUCCUAUCCUAAGAAAAGAGAUGUUUUGAAUUUGGGUGUUAUUUUUCAUUCUCAAUUUAGUUUGUCUUUUGUGGAAACCUUUAUAACUAUGGCAGAAGAAUUCCCCUGCCUCUCCCAGACAACUGUUUCAUCUCCACUACAGAGCUGCUUUGCAUAGCCACAGAAGCACCAGUGUGUUACAGAAAUGCACCCACAGAUUGCAUCAUUACUUUAAAGCAAUGCAAAUUAAUUAAACUGUAGAAAGGAAAAGCUUGAAAGACAUGUGACUACAGACUGCAAUUAGAAAAUAACUCUGUGCCCUUGGUGAGCUACUCACUAGUCCAUGCAGGACUCCAGGGUCAGGCACAGGGCACAUCCAGCCCAGUCAUCCGUCCCUGAUGCUGAGCCGGUUCCUGCUUCAGAAGUGUGUAUGGGAAUCCUGCUGUGUGUACAAGUGGGGUCAUUUGUUCACCCACAUGUGGUCCUACAAUUAAUAUCAGAAAUGAACUGAUGUGCUGAAGUGUGAGUACUAGUAUCCCUUUUCUUUCAUCAUAUCACAGGCUGUGCUUGGUAAACCCAUGAAUGCACAGUUUUCUUUUUGACCCAUGAAAUUUUUUUGGCCUCUUUAUCAUCCAGUGACAACAUUUAGGGAAAUUAAUCAUCUUUGCAAGCACAGUUGUCUGCUUAAAAAAAAAAAAAAAAAAA